UCCCCUGGCCAGACCAAGGCAGGCUGGACUCCUGACCUCGAGCCAAAUAGGCUGCUCCAGACCGCUGCCUGGCAGCUGCACCCAGGCUCCCCAGGGCAGACUUUGCUCCAGAUUUGGGGCUCAUCUUAAUUAGAUCUUGUACCUAUUCAUUAGGGAGCUGCUGGGAUCUAAAGGCACUUGGCUAAUGGCAGAGGUAGCACUGUUAGGCCAGCGUUUGUCUGUGUGGGCAGUUGUGUCUAUAUUUGAGCCAGAGUUUGCUAAAGGUGCUUCUGCCUCAGUCCUGAGGUGCUUGCAGGCUCGGUACGCAGUAGACACGUUCUACACCAAUGCUGGCUGCACCCUGGUCGCUCUGAACCCCUUCAAGCCCGUCCCUCAGCUCUACUCACCAGCACUGAUGAGAGAGUACCACACUGCUCCUCAGCCCCAGAAACUGAAGCCCCACAUCUUCACUGUGGGUGAACAGACCUACAGGAAUGUCAAGAGCCUGAUAGAACCAGUCAACCAGUCUAUCAUUGUCAGCGGAGAGAGUGGUGCUGGAAAGGUAGGAGGGCCUCUUUCCCACCCUGUCAACUUUGUGACUGGUGGAGUGGUCAGAGAGGAAGGAGGUCAUUCCUUUUGGAGUCGUUUGCUGCCUAGUCAUUCCCAGAUAGACUGGCUCAAGCAGGGAGUCAGUGUGCAGUGGUGAGCAAGCACUGGGCAGGAAGUCAAGAGAUGGGGUUCUAGUCCAGGCUCUUCCAUGUAACCCUGGGUGAGAUACUUUUUCUCUCCGCCUUCAUUUUCUUCUCAAAGGUCUCAGCUCUGACACCACUAGAAACAAAAGUCAGCUAUUGGGGAUUCCAGAAUAUGGUUAGGAGCACAUCAGAAAG